AAUCUGGGUGCCUAUGAUUGAUAUCUGCUUUGACCAUUCACAGAUGAGAUUGGCGUUCCCUUGCUGCAGCUGCUUGGACGGUGAACUGCCUCGCUUUUGCAGCGCUGAGAAGAUGGCGGGGUCUGCAGGCCAGGUUAUCAAAUGCAGAGCUGCUGUUGCCUGGGAAGCUGGAAAGCCCCUUUCUAUUGAGGAAGUAGAAGUUGCUCCCCCAAAAGCUCAUGAAGUUCGAAUCCAGAUUGUGGCCACUGGUGUCUGCCACACCGAUUCUUACACCCUGAGUGGUUCUGAUCCAGAGGGGCUCUUCCCAGUUAUUCUUGGCCAUGAAGGAGCUGGCAUUGUGGAGAGUGUUGGAGAAGGAGUGACCUCCUUCAAAGCAGGUGAUCGAGUGAUUCCUCUGUACAUACCGCAGUGUGGGGAAUGCAAGUUUUGCCUGAAUCCCAAGACCAAUCUCUGCCAGAAGAUCAGGGUAACCCAAGGCCGGGGUCUGAUGCCAGAUAAGACCAGCAGAUUCACCUGUAAAGGCCAGCAGCUUUACCACUACAUGGGGACCAGUACCUUCUCUGAAUACACAGUUGUUGCAGACAUUUCUCUGGCAAAGAUAGAUGACGCAGCUCCACUAGAUAAAGUUUGUCUGCUAGGCUGUGGUAUUUCCACCGGCUAUGGAGCCGCACUCAACACAGCCAAGGUCGAACCGGGCUCCACCUGUGCUGUGUUUGGACUUGGCGGAGUGGGUCUCGCAACCAUCAUGGGAUGCAAGGUUGCAGGCGCCACCCGGAUCAUUGGCGUCGAUGUCAACAAGAGCAAGUUUGCAAAGGCUAUGGAGUUUGGUGCGACGGAAUGUGUGAACCCCAAGGAUCAUAACAAACCUAUUCAGGAAGUUUUGGUAGAACUAACUGAUGGGGGAGUGGACUAUUCUUUUGAGUGUAUUGGCAAUGUUGUUACUAUGAGAGCUGCCCUGGAGGCCUGCCACAAGGGCUGGGGAACCAGUGUCAUCAUUGGCGUAGCAUCUGCAGGCCAGGAAAUUGCAACACGUCCCUUCCAGCUGGUGACUGGUCGUGUCUGGAAAGGAACUGCGUUUGGAGGAUGGAAGAGUGUAGAGAGCAUCCCCAAAUUGGUGAAAGAGUACCUGGAUAAGAAAAUAAAGGUGGACGAGUUUGUGACUUCCACUCUUCCAUUUAAGCAGAUCAAUGAGAGCUUUGAACUGAUGCGAUCUGGCAAGAGCAUUCGAAGUGUCCUCACGUUUUAAAAGUGGGCCAGGCAGGACCCAUUUCUUCAGUAUGGAAAGAAACAUUUUGAAAAUUUACUUUUGAUACUCUUCAGCAUAUUUUAAUAUUGCUAAGUCAUCUGUUUCAGAAUGUCCGUAUUGUUAACUGAAAUGUUAGCUGUUUAACUUUCAUGGGCACUUUUCCAAAUUAAAGCAACUUGUCAAGAUAA